GGCCUAACGACCGCCACCGGGACCAUCGGCAAGCCGGACUUUCGCUCGAAGUCGGCGCUCUACACCAGCGGAUAUUGGGCGACAACCAUGACUUGAGAUCUCUCGUUCCGAGUGUUCACUUUGUUGCUUCGGGAGGGAAGAGACGACAGCGAGGCCCGUGAGCAGGGCUCGAGGAGUUUUCCGUCGACGUGAACGAACGGGUCGCAGAACCACAACAAACAUGUUUCAGCCGUCGACCCAGAGGCUAGGCCUACCGGCCCUGCUGUCAGUAUUGAUGCUUGCGGUCAUCCUUCUUCCGACGAUUGUACACGGACGUCGGACAUCGCACUGCUACACGUGUCGUUCGAGGGGCCAGCUGGGAGACUGUCGGGACCCGUUCCCCUACAACGAGACCACGGCCGACGGCGUCCGAGGUGUCGACGCCACGCCGUGCGCGUCCAAGUGGUGCGGCAAGCUCAUCGAGGGAAGGGACGACGACUUCGACCUGGCCACCGAGCGGAUGUGCUUGCAGAGGCCUCCGGACGACCAGGAGGAACGCUGCGCCGAAACGCUCUACCAAAACAGACGAGUCUACAUGUGCUUCUGUCGUGGCGACCUGUGCAACACCGCUCACACCACAACCGCCUCGGGACUCCUUACAACAGCCCUGACGGCUCUUCUAUGCAUCGCCUUCCACGCUGCCAAACUUCUCCAAGCUUAACGCCUGCAGGCACGAUACAAAACGUUAGCGUCUCUUUCUGAAACAAGUUCGCCACGCUUACAUGUCUAUAUACCCCGUUUGACACCAAGUUUGAGCGCAGCUGCGGUCGAACUAUAGAGUGAAACGGAGUAUAUGCGCAAACGCGUCGCCACGACG